AUGUCAAGCUCCAAUUCACUUCCCCCACAGACAUCACCAACAAGACGUGAACUCGGCAUGCAAGUGAUUCAACCUGCAUCAACACCCCCGCCGCUCGCCGUUCGCAUUCGGCGAUGGUCUACGGAGCACUCCUCAUCUGUUUCUCAAGGUGAGGUCACCGCCUUUGCUCGUGGCGGGACUGAAACGGAAAAUUGUAGCAUGAGAACGUUGACGCCCAAGCCUGAGCUCGGCGCACGCUUCUACACGGAUCGAGCAGUCAAGACCGAUAUUUCACCACAUUCUUGCAUGAAGAGGCCGUAUGAGCUCCAUGCGACGGUCAAUACGCCUGUCAUUAUCAUUGGUCGGUGGCACGAUAGUUCUGCGUCCCCAAUCAGGCUUGCUCCCACCUUCCCGCCUCCCGUCUUCGCGCGCGCCAGCCAGUCGACGCCGUGGACGCUCACAAAGGCCAUGUUCUUCUUUCAUCACAUCCCCAUUCGGGCCAAUGCAGUGUGUGCAGCAGGCGCGCUGCAUUCCAAGUGCUACCUACUGACUGCAAUGCAUCAUUCCAAAGAUGCUGUGCUGUCCGUCUUGGGUGCGCAUCUCACCGUUCCGUCGUGCGUUUGCCUCAUCAGAGUAUAUCACUUGGCCCUGGCCAACCGCCGAGCCUCCUCUAUUCCUCCCUUUCCCUCUUCUCAUCUCCUUCUCCGUGUCAUUGCUGUUUGCAAACUAACCUUUAAGGCUUCGUUGAUCGAGGCAGCCUGUCGUUUACACGAUUUUCCUACUACCAUUCAAAUAAUAACAUUCACCAACGCAACGACGCCGGCCGUCUUACGACCAAAGCUGUUUUGA